UACUAAAAUAACUCCAUCAUUGUUGGCCACACUUCAGGCUUUACAUAUCACAGAAACCCCACCCACUACUAUCCCUGUACUGGCGACCCGAUGUAGGGGUAUCGACAGAUUUGUGAUUUUGGGGCACCCAAGGUAACCAACGUUACCACGGGGUGCUUACUCAUAAUAAUGGGCCUCCUGUGCCAGUGGAGCCCCUGGUGCCAGAAAGACGCUGAUAUUUCUAAGAAGGAGAAGAAGGCCCUUAUGACUGAGUUUUGUCUAGAGCUGACUCGGAUCGGACAAGAGCAAUUUGGAUUGAAGCCAAAUUUCCUGAAGAAAGGGUUUUUAGAUCCCUUAACUCUAGAGGUCACAGACACACGUAUAUCUGCGAUCUCGCACAAACUGGACGCUAUCCUGGCCAAUAGCAAGCGCUCAUUUACCCAUCAGCUCGAUACCCUCAAUGCAUUACUGGAGCGGGAAAAUAGGAUUAAAGAGGGUGCUGAGAGGUUUCUCAAAGCGCCUCUGAACGAGACAACACCCAUUCACUUCACUUUCACAGUUACGACUAGCGUGAUCCCAGGCAUUCCAGGCUGCUACUGGAGCUCGAGCAGUAUCCAAUACUUCAUGUCGUAUAUCCUCUUCUUUGUGUUUCAACUGGGUAUGUCGCCGGGCACUGGGAGCAUACCUUACAGAUGCGGUCUGCCUGACGCUCUCCACAGUACUGGUCCCCCUCACACUCAUACGUGUCAUACAAAGCUGGCGGUUGUGCAUGCGGACUCUUUCUCUCAGCCGUGAACUUUUGCAUGCCGAUGCUAUGUUCCGACUUGCGUAAACCUCACAAUACCCUCAAUAUGAUUAGACCUUUAUUCUUGCGAUCCUCGCCACGCGCAUACACCUCCAUCUCGGGUAUAUCGACCGGGGCGUGCACAGCUCUGACGCCCACGUAUACAUUUCUAUGUCCAACAUGUCACCUGCAGACCGUACAGUGUGAUGUCUUAUCGUGUUGAUUAUUCGUCCGAUGUUGGUGGGGUGGGG